AUGGCCUCCAUGUCCGCCCUUCCACAACCUUCACGGCCAUCAACAAACCCUCCAACAGGGUCUUUGCCCCCGCUACCAACUCCUAAAGCCAGAAAAAGCGCCCCCGCUGCCGAUGCCCCCCGAUCCGCAUCUCCAUAUCAACCGUCGAAGCUACGCACACCGUCCAGUCCCAGACCGCCGUCACUUGCUCGAUCCCCGCUAUCCACUUCCAACUCAACAUCGAAUCUGAGUGCAGUCCGAUCGGCAUCCAGUGGUCGUACACCAAGCAGCCCCGAGAAGACUCUACGCCGAACGAUUAGUAUCGCUUCUUUCCCACAGCCUCCGAAAGCAGCCACUCGCCCAUCCACCGCCGCAUCCUCAGUAGCGGGCAUUCAAGGCCCCACAUCGUCCGGGAAUGUGAAGCCACAACGAAGCUCGCGGCUCAGCACCGGCACCGUGAGCAGCUACCGCAGCUCCAAAACCCCGUCCUUACUCAAUGGUAGCGCAGAUGGAAAGUCGAUCCUGGCAGAAGCACGGGAUCCGGAAGCCUCUCCGUCUCACAGCAGGAGCUCUUCUGCCCAGGGGUCCUGUUCCACCAGUGCAACCACUUUUGAGGACACGGACGAUGCGACGGGUACCGUCAAGGGUGGCAAAUCCAAAGAGUCCAAGGGCAAUGUGAUUGUCAGUGUUCGUGUUCGACCGGACACCAGCAAUGGAGGCGAGACUCCCCGGAACCACGGGGAAUGGGGGCUGGAUGGGCGUCGGAGUCUGAUUUCCCACCGCGGCAAAGAUGGAGGCGAUUACUAUUAUGAUAAUGUCUUUACACCCCAGGAAAACAACGCCAAGGUAUAUGAUGCCGCGGCGAAACGGCUUGUGCGACGGGUCAUGGAAGGAUAUCACGGUACUGUCUUUGCCUACGGUAUGACAGGUACCGGUAAGACGUUCUCGAUGCAGGGUACUGCUACCUCUCCUGGUGUGAUUCCACUCGCCAUUACCGAUAUCUUCUCUUUCAUUCGAGAGACGCCCCAUCGGGAGUUUCUGCUUCGAGUGAGUUAUCUGGAGAUCUAUAAUGAGAAGAUCCACGAUCUUCUCUCGACGUCAGUGACCAAUGGUGUCCCGGCGCCUCAGCAAGAAGAGAUUAAGCUACGCGAAGACAGCAAACGUGGUGUGUAUGCUACGCCACUGAAGGAAGAGAUUGUGCAAAGCCCAACACAGCUUCUGCGGGUGAUUGCGAGAGGAGACCACGCCAGACGCACUAGCAGCACCCAGUUCAAUGCGCGCAGUUCUCGAAGCCAUGCAGUCGUUCAGAUCGUCGUCGAAAGUCGAGAGCGAGUGCCUUCUGGCGACUCGCAAGAUAAGCGGUCUGGCAUUGCCCCCGGUGGUGUCCGAGUGUCUACCCUGAGUUUGAUCGAUCUUGCUGGCUCAGAACGUGCGGCCGACGACAAAGAGCGCCGAACCGAAGGUGCCCAUAUCAACAAAAGUCUGCUCACUCUGGGUAAUAUCAUCUCCAAGCUUUCGGAGAACAAGGACAAGCAAGGCAAUCCAGUCGACCGGGAUGGAAGGCAUUUGCCAUACCGUGAUUCCAAAUUGACCAGAUUGCUACAGCCGGCUUUAUCGGGAAACUCUCUUGUGAGUAUUCUCUGCACGGUUCAGCUAGUUGCUGGUAUCAACGCCCACUCGGGUGAGACCCUCAACACCUUGAAGUUUGCUGCACGAGCGAAGAACAGCAUUGUCAGUCACGCAAAGAAGGCCGAGGAAGCCUACGGCAGUGGCGGUGGUGAUGCUGGUAGUCGAGUCCUACUUGAACGCUACCGCGUGGAGAUCCAAGCUCUUCGUGGCCAACUUGACACCCAGGCCAAAGCACAGGCGGAGAAGGAGCUCAAGUGGGAUGAGCAACAAUUUGAGAAGGAGGCCCAGGCGCGCCACGAGGAACAGGUUUUGGAGAUGCAAUUAGCCAGAACCGCUUUGAAAGAACGCAUUGAGCAUCUGAAUCGGUUGAUUCUCAGCUCCAAGUCAACCGGUGUGAACAGCCACGGUAGUCUCUUUUCUGCAUUUGGCCGACAUUCCAGAAUGUCCGCCACCGACUCUGGCACCCGUUCACUUCGUUCAUCGGCCAGUCAGUCCACCUUGGGGGUAGCUCAUUCGAUUCGACCCAUUUCGAUCAUGUCGGUUAACAGUAAUGAUCCUUCCGGGACGACGCCUUAUGGCAACGGGUCGUUUAGCAACGAGGAUGAUGAAGACAUGGGCGAGUUUGGCGAUGGUAAAGCCAGCCUGCAGCGGCAGGUCACUGCCCUGCAAGCUGAUCUGAGCGACAAGAACCGAUACAUUUCCACAUUGGAGCGCCGAUUACUGCAGGCCCGUCGCUCAAGUCAUUCUCGAAUGUCGGUGGGGGUCAAAUCCAAUGCCCCAUCCACCAGCACUAUCUCCGAGCACCCGGACAUGAUGGCCCUUCUUCGUGAGAAAGACAUGGAGAUCAACGAGCUUCGCAUCCAGCUCGAUGAUAAAGACCGAAUGCUCGCAGCACUUCGAUCUGCUGCCCGUCAUCGCGACCUCGCGGCUGUGACUGGCGACUCUCAAUCCCCAGAACUGAACGUCAAGGUGGAUUCGAGCGCUUCUGGGCCCAGCAGUCCUCAGCUCCAAGCCCCCGGCGAGCUGAGCGACAAGAAUACAAGCCCCUCUAGGCUUGCUGCUCCUGGGAAAGUUGGCGAGAGAGAAGAGGACCGGAGAAAGAACAUGGAUGAGGUGUCCAGAAUGCUUGAUGAGAUGAUUCAAGGCCGGGUUGAGAGCGGUCAUCUGGAGAGAAAUUCUCUCGGAAACUCUAAGCGUGUGUCGACUCUGUCGAGUGAUAGUCGGCGAGGUUCAAGUUCGGCUGAGGUGCCGGCUUUGACUCCCACUCCGUCUCUUCCCAUUGAGCCAAUUCCAGGCUCUCCACCAAAGUGA